GUCGCGCGCAGAUGUGGGGGGUGUCGAGCGCGCGCGCGUUCACGUCGGCAUCAUCUCGCGCAGCAUCUUUCGCCCUCCGACAUCACUUCAUUUCACUUCAUCUGGACUUCUACAGCAAAAACAAGCGUUUAAUACACGAUCGCGCUGAUCUCGCGCAGCACUGCGAGGACAUUCCUGCCGCGCGCGUGACGCGUUUCCAUGGAAAAUGGCGAGAUGGGCUCACGCGUGGAUGAUGCUGAUGGUGAUGGUGGUGUUCAGCGGAUCGUGGACCGCAGUGGACGCGCUCACAUUUCCACAGCAUUACACGAUGAUGCACUGGGCCCGGCGCAUUGAACAGGAGAUUGACAGAGUCCUGCAGCACGUCAGCGGAGCUCAACAACUCAAGGGGAUCUACAACGAGAAGAGAAGACAGUUCAGUCUGGUGAGAAAUAAUCCACGAGACAUCGUUGAGAAAGUGGCUGCAGACAUCGAGAGACUGCUGGCCAAAAAACGCAAAGCACUAGAGAAACUGGUGAGUGAAGCGGAGCGUCUCCAGAAAGAUCAUCAGUGGCAGGAUGGAAUCAAGGAGGAGAAUAUUGAAUAUUACAACUCUAAAGCAGAGAUGGAUUAUGAUGGUGAAGACAUGGACACUCAGUCACUGAAACUGGAGUUUGUGUACGACGCAAACUUUAAAAACCACGUGAAUUACUCUCACACUGCCGUACAGAUCCCCACAGACAUCUAUAAAGGAGCUCCCGUCAUCCUGAAUGAGCUCAGCUGGACUCAAGCGUUAGAGAGAGUUUUCAUGGAGAACAGCAGAGAUGAUCCAUCGCUGCUCUGGCAGGCGUUCGGGAGCGCCACCGGGGUCACCAGAUACUAUCCAGCGGCUCCCUGGAGAGCUCCAGAUAAGAUCGACCUUUACGAUGUCCGACGGAGACCCUGGUACAUUCAAGGAGCUUCAUCACCUAAAGACAUGGUGAUACUGGUGGACGUGAGCGGCAGUGUAAGCGGUCUCACACUGAAACUCAUCAAAGCGUCCGUCACUGAAAUGCUGGACACGCUCUCUGAUGACGAUUACGUCAACGUGGCCAGGUUUAAUGAGAAAGCGGAGGCGGUGGUUCCCUGCUUCAAGCAUCUGGUUCAGGCAAACGUGCGGAACAAGAAGAUCUUUAAAGAAGCUGUGGGGCAGAUGCAGGCCAAAGGAACCACAGACUAUAAAUCUGGAUUUCACUUCGCUUUCAAUCAGCUGCUUAAUCAGACAAACGUUCCCCGAGCCAACUGUAAUAAAAUCAUCAUGUUAUUCACGGACGGAGGAGAGGACCGAGCUCAGGACAUCUUUGAGCAUUACAACUAUCCCAAUAAAACGGUCCGUGUGUUCACGUUCUCAGUGGGGCAGCACAAUUACGAUGUCACGCCGCUGCAGUGGAUCGCAUGCGCUAAUAAGGGAUUCUAUUUUGAGAUCCGCUCCAUCUGUGCAAUACGGAUUAACACCCAGGAAUAUCUGGACGUGCUGGGUCGCCCUAUGGUUCUGGCAGGCCCGAGCGCCAAACAGGUGCAGUGGACCAACGUCUAUCAGGACGCGCUGGGUCUGGGUUUGGUGGUGACCGGUACGAUGCCCGUCUUUAAUCUCACAGUGGAUGGAAACUCACAGAAUCAGCUGAUCUUAGGUGUGAUGGGAGUGGAUGUUCAUCUGGAUGAGCUGAAGAGACUGACGCCUCAGUACAGGCUCGGAGCUAACGGUUACAUCUUCGCCAUCGACCCGAACGGAUACGUGCUGCUCCAUCCAAACCUACAGCCACAGGAGGAGGAUUUACCCGAGCCGGUGACGCUGGACUUUCUGGACGCAGAAGUAGAGGACAACAGCAAACAAGAGAUUCGCAGGCAGAUGAUUGAUGGACGAACAGGAAACAUGACCAUCAGAACACUCAUUAAAUCUGUCAACGAGCGCUACAUUGAUGAUGUCGUCCGCGUGUACACCUGGACGCCCAUCAAUGACACAGAUUACAGUCUGGGUCUGGUGUUGCCUCCGUACAGUGAAUACUACAUACAGGCUGAUCUCAGUGAUGUCAUGCUACAACUACAGUAUUUACAAUCACUGCUGCCCAACUCCUUCGAGUCUGCCGGUCAUGUGUUUCUAGCACCCAGAGAAUACUGUAAGCGUUUGCAGAUGGUGGGGAAUAACACACAGUUUCUGGCCGAUUUCUUAUCUCUGAUGGUGGAGAUCACACCUGAAUCUGAGGACUGUGAUCAGGGUCUGAUUCACAAUCUGAUCAUGGAUUCUGGGAUCCUCUGGCAGCUGGCCACACGCGUCUGGCAGAACAAAGAUCUCAACACGUAUGGAUUUCUGGCUCUGUUCGCAUCCACCAACGGAGGCGUCACGCGCGUUUACCCCAACAUAGCGGCAGAGUCAUGGGACGAGGAUCCCGAACCGCUGAACUCAAACUUCUACCGUCGCAGUCUGGACAACAAGGGCUACAUGUUCAGAGCUCCCAUACGCACAUCGAUGGAGGAUCAGUUAAUGUCAGAGAACGGAACGGUGGGGAUUCUGGUCACCAGCGCUGUGGAAGUCGUGAUCGGAGGAAAGACCAUGAAACCAGCAGUGGUUGGUGUGAAGCUGGAUUUAGAGGCGUGGGUGGACAAGUUCAAGAUUCUGGCCAGUAACGUGUCAGACAGCAGACAGGCUUCACAUAAGUGCGGCCCGUCCAGAUCCUGUGAGAUGGAUUGUGAAGUGAACAGUGAUGAUUUGCUGUGUUAUCUUCUGGAUGAUGGAGGUUUCUUGGUGAUGUCCAAUCAGAGAGAUCACUGGAAGAAGGUGGGACUGUUUUUCGGUGAGGUGGAUCCUUACCUGAUGUACGCCCUCUAUAACAACUCGAUCUACGCCCGCCACCAAACCUUCCAGUUUCAGUCAGCGUGUGACCCCACGGCCAGCAGCCACACGGGCGCCGCGCACAGACACUUCUACGUGCCGUCCAUCGCUGAUGUUCUCAAUCUGGCCUGGUGGACGUCCGCAGCCGCGUGGUCCAUUUUGCAGCAGUUUCUGUACGGGUUCAUGUACACUAGCUGGUUCGCCUCAGACAAGUUUGCAGAGAGCUCUGAGACUAAAGGCAGCAGCAGUUGUGUGACAAUUUACAGUCAGUUUUUCUUCACCAACACCACAAACUCGUUCAACAUUUUGCAGGACUGUGGAAACUGCUCCAGGUUGUUUCAUGCCAAGCGGAUAGAAAACACAAACCUGCUGUUCGUGGUGGCCGAGACGCUUCCCUGCAGCUCCUGCGAGAUCGAGAAACUGCUUCCUGUCCGAACAAAGUCUCAAGAAGAGAACCCGUGUGAGGUGUUGAACUCUGCACGCUACAGGAGAGGUCCCGUCAGCUGUUUCGACUACAGUGCUGAGGAGAACCCCUCAGAGUGUGGCCACGCCCACUCCCUCCACUGUCCAAUCAGAGCUCUGCUCUGGAUCGCGUUAUCGUUGCUGUAUCUCGUUCUUCGGUCUUAAUCCAAGUCCUCUCGAUCACUGCCGCCAUCUUCACGUCCCUCGCCGGCUCUCUCCCGAUGUUUUCUCGCUCUCAAAUUUCUCGCAAAGUGCAUUCCAGCUGAGAGCAGAGCAUCAUGGGAAGACGUGUCUUAACCCCCGACCUUGUGCACAUCUGGAAUGACUUGACUGUCUUAACUUCACAUUUGUAUUUGAAAAAUAUCGAAGAAGAAAAUUCCUUCUGCUGCCGUCAAAAACCUUCGCUUGUUGAAAAACAGGACGGGACCUGCUUUGUUUUGAACUACGAAACCGCAGCGGAGAUUCGACUUCGUUCACUUGGAUUUAGUGCCAAACCCAGACGUAUGUGGAGACACAUCAUUCGGAAGCUUCCCUGCUAAGAGAGAAUAACGUUUAUUGUGACAGUUUGGUUGUUUCUUUCGAGCUUUGUUGAAUGUUUUCAUUUGCUGCCGGGUUUGAUACCCAACAGUGCCUGGAGCACUCGUCUGAACGGAGCUUGAGACAGACGCUUGAGAAAGACGCAGGAUUGAAUGUUAGCUUGAUACGUCCGGGCUGCUUUACGGUCGAUACUUGAUUAUACCAUGGUCUGUUUGAAUCCUCCAUUCUGAUUGGCUGGAAAGUGUGCAUAAAAACCCUUUAACACACGGGUAGCUCCAGUCAACUUGAUUUGAAAUUAACUGGUAUUAACUGAUCAUUUUCAGCUAUUUGACAUAAAAUUACACAGUAACAUCAAUAAAAGCUUUUACUGAGCAAAUAACCAUGAUAUAAGCGGGAUAAUCCACAGCUAGCCAUUUGUUAAAACCCUUUAAUGCACGGGUAGUUCCAGUCAUUUUCAUAACAUAUGAAAUUAACUGACAUUCACUGAUCAUUUUCACCUAUUUGACCUAAAAUGACACCGUAAACAUCGAUAAAAGCUUUAACUGAGCAAAGAACCAUGGUAUAAGCGGGAUAAUCCACGGCUAACCAUGUUUACAAAGCACAUACAAAAACCAAGAACAUGUAUAGAUCACGUUCCAAAAUUGAACAAAAGCAGGAACGUAUUAUCAAACUUAACUUAAAAUGAAGACAUUAAGAAAGUAAAGUGUAAAAUGAACAACAAAAAGUUUCUGUUUUGGCAGCUCAAUGUGACAUAUCACGAUAAAAGAGUCCUUAAAGAAAACGUUUUGAUAACGGCUUCACUUCCUUUAUACGUAAGAGUCUUGUUUUUCAUUUUGGGGUGAAAUGUAACCUGGACACGUUCUCGGUGAGAUGGACCCGAGCAUGUGCUUUAGUGUCGAGCGUCACAGAUGUUGUCUGUCCAAAGCCGUUGUGUUCUUUGUUUUCUGUAAAUAAGUUGAUUAUUCACAGAGUUUCAGUAGUAUUUCAGUGUGUUUUAAUGGAAUGGAAUGCAAGCCGACGCUUCGCUGUCCCGCUGCAUGCUGGGAUAUGAUACCUGCUAUUAAAUAUGCUCACUUCAGGACUCGUCUCCUGCCUUUUGACCGACACGUUUCAGCGUUAUUGAUGUUAUUGAAAGACUCUUUAUUUAUCUCUUUAAGUUGCGGUAUGUGUGUACUUAUUGCUUGCGAGAUGUUUCAGACAUUUUUAAAUAUGCUUUUAGUGAUAUUAGAUAUUUUAAAGGUUUGUUAAGAACGAUGUUUCAAGUACCAAAUGAUUCAGUCAGAAGAUGGUUUGGCUUGAUGUGUUUUAUAUUGUGAUGGCUUGAGCAAUACUUCGAAAUCAACACCGCAGUUUGUGUAGAGAGAGCAUGAUGUGGGUUUACAGCGGUUUACUUUUCAUGACUGGUUUAAGCUUGUCUGCAUACGAGCUAUCGGUAUUAUUUAAUGCAAGAACGAGUAUUUCUACUAGUGUCUUUAUGUACAAAUCUAUUUAAGUGUUGCCAUGAAUUUAAUGAUGUCAAUGUUUCGAUUCUGGAUUUCAUGCAGACGUUUGUUAUCUUUGUGAAAGGGGUUUUUCUCUUUCUGCAGUCUUCCAUAUCACUGCAUUUUGUACAGAUGGCACAUCUCUAUCAAGAAAGGCUAACUUUGUAUCAUAUCGUGUCAUUCACUUCCGGGACAUGUUUCUAUGAGAAUUGGUGAGAUAAAGACAUUCAUAUUUUUCACGUCAACCAGCUUCGUUGUUUUGGCUUCGUUUGUACUCCACAAAUCACUUGAGCAUUACAAAAAUUACAUCGCAGGGAAAAUCUAUUUUUUGAUCUGUUGAACACUGAAUACAUUUGGCAGAAUGUAGGACAGCCAACAGUUCUGGGGCACUUUUGACUAUCAUUGUACUUUUUCCUACUAUGGGGGUCAGUAAGGGGCAAAAUC